AUGAGAAGGAGCGAGAUAACCAGCUUGAGAGAGGCUUUAGCUGAGUCGCAUAGUAAUCUACUCUUCGUCGAGACGGUAAGUAUACCUCCGUGUACAUUCGAACAACUAGAACUUACCACCACUCCCUCACAGCCAGAGACCUCACCGGAUAAGCCAUCAGCAGUGACUGCAGCUGGUACCACCGAUAGUAACACACUGGGGUCCACGUUCACAGCACCCCCCACACCUACGUUAUAUGGCUACUCCAGACUUGAAUCGUCCGAAUCAGACACUAGUAGCUCAGCUGAAGUACCUCCUACCGAUGGUCAUACGUCCCCCGCGACCGCGGAAGAUCCCCAUGAGAUCUUUACUUCACCUAGGCGACUCGACCUCACAAUUGGCGUUGAGCUAGAAGCGAUCAUCGAUAACCUAACAGUCGAAGAUUGUUUGGAAGUACAUAGGAUUGUUGCAGAUGUCUUAUAUCCGCUGGCCGAGGAAUUAGGAACAAGUGUCUCAUAUCAGUACGGCCUAAAACUACCAGAUAUUCCAUUUCCCAACACGCUCUUUCAGGUUAUUGAUGACUUGAGCAUCGAGACAGAUAUAAAACAAGAUUCUAAUGGUGCUGAGACUUCUACUCCUAUUUGGGAACCAUCAAACUCUGCAGGGGUCGAAGUCAUCACUCCGAUAAUGAGAAAUGACGAGUGGACCUUUAUCGUCCCGGACAUGAUGGCACUUCUUAAAAGGUCUUUCGACAUAUCUUUUAAUCGCACUACAGCUCUUCAUGUUCACGUUGGAAUCGGACGGCCCUACACCUUGAGAGAUCUUAAACGCGUCGCAAAGGCAGUUAUACUUUUCGAGGAUGCCAUGAAUACACUGCAUCCACUAUACAGAAACUCGCAUUACACGCUAAUCGGUUCUCAUAUUCUUCCCUGCCGCAAGGGCGGGCAUCUGAACGGACUUAGUGACUACGAUAUGAUGAUGGUAAUUGAGAAGACAACAUCGAGCGCCGAGCUUAUCCAUACGAUCAACCCGAUUCCCAAUUUCAUGCUCAACGCCAACCAUACACCCUUUUCACACUGGAAGGGCUAUCGCUACAGUUUUACGAGUAUCCCUACCUUGGAUACAAUUGAGUUUCGGCAGGCAGCGGGGACUCUCAACGGGGAAAUGGCGGUCAACUGGAUCAAGAGGGUCGCAAAGUUUGUGAUCAGUGCUGUAUCAACAUCGGAUGAGAUGCUGGAAAAUUGGGCCAAAGAAGGCAUUGGUAGAACUACUGAUGCUUUUAUUCUUGAAGCUUUCGGAGCGCCUAUACCAGUGGAUGUGUUUUCCAAAGAGCUGGAGGAGGCGGAGAAGACGGUGGAGAAUCUCCACAUCUAG